UUCCAUCUUGCCGGCAGUCAUCGCAGAGCCUAUCAACGAAGGCUUCAAAGCUCUCUUCUAUGCGUUCUCCAAGUUCUGGCACGCAUUGAACUCCUCAAUGACCAAAAGUCGGACGAAUAUCAGGCGCUCAAGCUCUUCAGCAACUAUUUCAAUGACAUGGAGCGGCAUUUUGAAAAUCGCCGCUCAGCUCAUCCCAGAUACAUCAUGGACACUUUUCGUUUCUACGACGCCAAGUCUAAGGUCGAGAGGUUCCUGCCGAUUAUAAAUGCUCAGCUGGCACUUGAGCAGCAACGGGAACAGCAGCCUUCAGCUUUGACACUCGCGAGAGAUAUCCAGGCAUCAGAUUCUCAUGUGACUCAACCAAGCUCUUCUUCCGAGAUAGACUACCGCUGCCAGCCACCAAGUCUUUCUCAGGGUUUAAUCGUUGGUAGAGAUGGCGACUUUACGAGGCUCAAGUCCCUGCUGUUAGACAUGGGAGGCGCUGAAAGGAUUUGUGUUUUUGGCCAGGCCGGCGUAGGAAAAACUCUACUUCUCACUCAGUUGUGUCAAGACACGAAGGUGAGGGGCCACUUUGCUGGGAUCGAGUUUGACAACAGAGAGUCUCUAGAGAUGCUGAUAACUUUGCAAGCAGACAUUCUGUCUCGAUUGACUGGUAGUGACCGGAGGGUGGGGUCUGUUGGAAACGGGCGACGAGAAAUUUUCAACAUCAUAGCUAGGAGCACACUGAAGAGGUACCUGCUAGUUCUGGACAACGUGUGGAAGCAAAACUGGCUACACAUUUGACGGAGAAGAUAGGGAGGGGAAACAAGGUGGUAGCCAUCACAAGGAACGCAGAUAUAUUGCUGGACGAUCACAGGUGGACGGGUGUGACGGUUGGCCCUUUGUCAUACGACGAUAGCUACAAGCUCUUCUGUGUGCAUGCCUUUGGAGAAGACGAGAUUUGAUGCCGAGCUCGUGAAGAAAAUGGUUUGGCAGUGCAGUGGAGUUCCUAAAGCGGUAGAGGUGGUGACCAAGUAUGCGAGACGAAACAAGCACGGCAGCUGAUUGCACGUUUACGAGAAGAUGGCUAGGUGGGAACUUAAUGACGAGUGGAAUGGCGCAUUCCAAGUUUUGCAGCUGAGCUUAUGGACAUGGGGAACGAAGACGCGCAGCUUCUUUUCUUGUCCUUCAUCAUGAUGCGUUACUCGUCAACGAUCGACAUGUUUCACUUCUGCGGGCUUGUCUACGGUCAACAUCACCUUAGGAUUAUCCGCCUGGAUUUUCUCUCGACAGACUUCUGGAGCUUAGGCACUUGAAGGUGCAUAUGUGAUGUUCGCUUGUGGGAACAUCUCAAGAGCUUGACAAGGCUAGAGUCGCGCGCUGUGAUCCGGGACAACAGCUGCAAACAGGAAGGUGCUGCUGUGGACCUCAGCUUUGUAGGAAGGAUGAUGACACCCGCCAAGUGAAGAACUUUCGGCUGGUUUGGAGCUUACGACGGCUGAAAGUGCUACGACUUCGUCCAUGCGAAGGUGAUAUAUGGACGGACUGGGAUUGCGGCCACGUCAAAGAAAGUUUGGAAGUGUUUGAUCUUAUCCUGGUAGACACACGAGAAUUCAGCAGUGAUGCCGACGAGUCUCUCAGUGGUUCCAGAAUGCUACGGGUGCUACCCCUGAGAAGUCUUCGAGUGACAAGGCUGCCAUCGUCUGCGCGACUUCCCGAGUCUCACGCGCCUGCAAAUGCCACGAGAUGGCUUCCACGCGGUUUUGAAGAGCUUACGAGCUUGAAGGUGCUGGUACUAGACGGGUGUGGAGUGCUAGACGAAGUUCCACGACUGGGCAGGCUUUGCGAUCUCCGGCGGCUAGAACUCACGGGCUGUCCCACAAUGGAGCGCAUCCUAGAAACCAUGACUUCACAACAAUCACAACAAGGAGGCGGCGACCAGGAACUUAAAAUAUCGGACUGCCGGGAGUUUGCUCGCUUCCAGACCAAAGUUGACGAGUUACGGGUAUGUUCGCUGAGCUUUCUAUAUCCGGUUGUGGAAUCGAACCGACUUGGGAGUCUGCCGCUGAACAGAUUAUACAUUUCAGGGUGUGAAAAAGCUGCACGUCUCAAGCUGCGAGAAGCUACAUAAACUUUCGUCUCCCUCGACAUGAAAAGCUCUCGCUAAAAGGCUAAAAGGUUAGCAUCUCACACUGCGAGAAGCUUGCCAGAGUUCCUCUUAUUCCAGGCUCCGGCUGAGCAACUUGCCUUCGCUGCUCGAGAUUGCCGAGAGUUCGCCGGUGGCAAUGCAUGUCUCGUAUUGCGAGAAGUUGCCACGAGUUCCUCCCAUGCGGGGGAUCCAGCGGCUUUUCCUGAUGGAUCUACCAUCUUUGGUCGAGAUUGGCGAAGGUUGUAUGGCCACGCUCGAUCGGCUGGAGGUUUCAGGUUGAAAGAAGCUGGACAAACGUCCUUACGCUGAUCUUCUUCUACUUUCAUCACGGAACGAUAUCCAAAUGAUGAUGAAGAGCGAUAAAAAAACACGGAAGAUCUUUAGCACGAGAUUACAGAUUGCAAAUGUUUAUGCGUUUUGCAGCAAGCACGAAGGAGCAAAAGUCAGCAAGUUAGGCUCCACUAUAAAAUCAUGGGCGUAAAUUUCACCCAAAAGCUGACACGAGAAAGAGGAGCACUCGCCUGCGCCUGUGCCCAGUCCACACCACCACACGGCAAAAGUUUCGUUCCGAGUUGCUGUU